UGGGCGGGGAUAGUUCAAACUGGCAGCGGCUGAGGAGCAGCGCCAUGAUGAAGCCGCCCUGCGCCGUGACAGCGGGCGGCUUUGACUCCUCUGACGAAGAGGCCGCUGAGGAGGAGGACCCGAGGCCGCUCCCCAUCUCCUGGCUGCCUUUGUCUCCUGCCUACUCUUCUAAAUUCCUGGGACUGUGUUCCCUUCCAGGCUGCAGAUUUAAGGAUGUUAGAAGAAAUCUUCAGAAAGAUAUAGAAGAACUAAAGAACUAUGGGACGCAGGAUAUAUUUGUGCUUUGUACCAGAGGGGAGCUCUUAAAAUACCGAGUACCAAACCUUAUAGACACCUACCAACAGCACGGGAUCUGCGUGCACCACUACCCUAUUCCUGACGGGGACGCUCCUGACAUUGCCAAGUGCUACAAAAUUCUGGAAGAGCUCAGAAGCUGCCUGGAAAGUAACCGGAAAACAAUCGUACACUGCUACGGUGGCCUUGGACGCUCGUGUCUCGUAGCUGCGUGUCUCCUGCUUCAGCUUUCGGAGGCUCUGGCACCUCAGCAGGCCAUAGACAGCCUCAGGAGCUUGAGAGGGUCCGGGGCCAUACAGACCAUCAAGGUAACGAGGCUACAGCAGCAGUACAAUUACCUCCACGACUUUCGGCAGAACCUAGCGGCGUAUCUGGCGACGAAGGAGACGCUGUUGAGAUCGGUGUCGCGGUGACUCGGACCGGCCGUAGCGGUGUGGCUUGUCUUUGUGUCCACGGGGCUGCCACCAGACAGAGGGACAAGACGCUUCGCUCCUCACCUUUGGUUUCUCCUGGCUGCUGCCUGCGGGACCCAACCGCCCGCUUUCGCGCACGCACAGUCUUUAAUACUCACUGCCUUAAAAAUAUAUGGGAGUGUAGGUGGCCUGCACGCCUCAGGAGCUUGUUUUCCAUACAAUAAUGACUCUUA